UACACUACAAUACCAUCGUAUGAUAAAACGUCAUAACUUUGUGCAAUAGACACUCUCUAGGACCUUGAGGAGUUAAUGAUGUUCUUCCUGGUAUGUUAGUGAAAAGUGUACGCCCUCGAUGGCCUGAUAGAGCACCUGACUUACCUGAACUGAAGCCAUCAACCGUACAGAUCCACACAACCCGGAAAUAACCUACUUGACAACAUAUCAUAAAAAUAAUAACUCGAUCUUCCCUUCCACAAUUCUCAAAUAAUAACAUUUGUGACGGAAAUUCAAAGUGAACGUUUCAUGGCAGCUGGAUAAAUUUCAACAGCUUUAAUACAGCCAUGGCAAGUGGAUUCUCACCAACGGCUCCAGGAGGCCCACCUCCUAUUUCAGACCGCAGGAUUGUACUGCUGGGAAAAGCUGGAGCUGGAAAGAACAGAGUAGUCAGAGUCAUCCUGAGAGACACAAAGCUGAAUAAAGAGAGUGAAGAGUGCUUUUUAUAUGAAGGUGAACAGGCAGGAAGGAGGAUCUGUGUAGUGGACACACCAGGAUGGGACAGAGUUUCUAUAGAGUGCACUGCAAUGAAGAUUAAAAAUAAAAUCACCCGAAGCGUGACACUUUGUCCUCCAGGUCCCCAUGCUCUGAUUCUGGUGUUGCCCGUAAACACUGGUGAUGGACCUUCUCUAAAUGAACUUAAAUCAGCAAUUCAGCACAUGGAGCUGCUCUCUGAGAGAGUCUGGAAUCACACUAUGGUGCUUUUCCUGUGUGAUGAAGAUGUAGAGGAAUCCACAAUCAAAGAUCACAUUCAGAAAGCAGAAAAACUGCUGGAAAAGUGCAGAGGCAGACACUAUGUUAUGCGGCAGAGUGAACCUGAAACCCAGGUCCAUGGACUCCUUACAGAGAUAGACAGCGUGGUGGAAGAAAAUCUGGGUGAUUUCUUCCUGCCACAGGUUUACUAUGAACUGAUACAGAGCAAAAUAUCACAGGAUAUCAAAGAGUUGAAAAAAAUGUACGAGGACAGAGAGGAAAUGCUGAAACAAGGAUAUCAGAAAAGACUUAGUGUGUAUAAAAAACAGGCUGAGGAAGAAACUGUGCUUCAGCAGAGACGUGGAAGUGCCCAGGCAACUCGUCCAUCUUUCAAUGAAGAUGAAAACCAGGCAGUGGAUAUUGAUGACAUCAAGCGCAAGUAUCGGGAUGAUCUUCUGGCACUUGCAAAAUAUUACCUCAAACCUGUAGGUCUGCUGGUGUUGGCUGUGAUUGGCGCUCUUAUUGGAUCGGUGGCUGGAUCUAAUUAUGGAGUGUUGGGCUCUAGUAUCGGGAUCGUCAUUGGAAUCGUAGUAACAAUUCCACUGGCUUUAUGGCUGAUUAACGCUGCAAGCCUGGCGCAACAGAGUUCAACUCUUGUGGGAGAGAGAAAAUCUGAACACAUCGAUUAACCACUACAACUGUGAGAUAUAAAAUUGUGUGCAAAUUGGAGGUGCCAAUAGGAAGGAAUAAAACACGAUAAGAUGGGCACUUGUAGAAAAAAAAAAACACUAAUGAUGUGGUGUGAAGCGGCCCCCAUGCAAAGCACAGUUAUUGUUAUCACUCUAAAGUUUUAUUUACAUUUUUAUUUAUUAAAGGAAGUUAUGUUUUUAUCCACUUACAGUUACAUUUGAUAUGUGAAAAAUAAUGAGAUUGUUGUCACAUGCAGAGAGUGACCAGUAUUUGCCAGUUAUUCCUGCAGCUCCUUUAGUGUUGCUGUAGGUCACUUGGCAGCCUCCCUGAUAAGUUUUCUUCUUAUAUAUAUAUAUUUCUUUCUUAAAUAUAUAUAUAUUUAUUGGCAAAUUUGCUUAUACGUCAUUCUGGGACUCAAAUCUGUGCUUGUUUAUACAGAACUUGGAUGAAUAAGAUCCACUGAGUUUUCAACCUCUAUAAAGUUGGUUUGAAUGUUGAUGUUGAAUGUUGAAUCAUGUUGAUGAUUUAGAGAAACAUGUCCUGUUCUGUAAUUCACUCUAUUUUUGGUAUUUUUUCCUUACAAUAAACUUUGUUAAGACAUA